CAGACUGCUUCCUUAUCCAGUCAAGAAGACCGCAAAGUUCAACAAUGGCCAUGACUGACAUCCUUUCUGCUAAAGAUAUUGAAUCUGCUCUCUCCAGCUGCCAGGCUGCUGAUUCCUUCAAUUACAAGUCUUUCUUCUCCACGGUUGGUUUAUCUAGCAAAACUCCUGAUCAGAUAAAGAAAGUUUUUGGAAUCCUUGAUCAGGACAAGAGCGGUUUCAUUGAAGAAGAAGAGCUUCAGCUGUUUCUGAAGAAUUUCUCUUCAAGUGCCAGAGUCCUAACCACUGCGGAGACCAAGGCUUUUCUGGCUGCAGGUGAUACUGAUGGCGAUGGCAAAAUUGGAGUGGAAGAAUUCCAGUCUCUGGUGAAGGCAUAAACAGCAUUAGACCAAAGGCAACCUUGGACUGACUCUUCCAAUUACCUCCUCCAACAAGCACCUCACACUCAGCAUGUGUUUGUACAUUUUUAUAUUGUUUCAAGGCAUUAGCAAAAUCCCCAUGUAUCAACUCCACACCCAGGAUUGCGGAGAGAUCUUGCCAUGUACAAAUGUUUUGGUCGCGUGGUAUUGUUACAUUUCCAUUGUAAAGAAGGCACUUUGUGAUUUUUGUUGAAGUUCUGGCUGGAAGAAGGGAGAA